AUGCCCAAAGAAGAGUCGUUGCCAUUCUGGAAAGUGAACGUGCCUGAAGAGCAAUGGCCGGCGGAAUGUCCCGAUUUUUUGAAGGACAGUAGCGAAAAAGAUCAGCGCAUUAUUGGCACGCCCGACGAGGACUACAAGUUGUUGACCUGGCCGGAAGUGCGGGAGAUUGUCAGGACCGACCGCAUCGACAAGUUCCACCGCAAACCGUCAGAGCUGCGGCGGUACCGAGCGUUUACGUACCGUUUGGUGAAAGGGUAUGGCAGCAUUAUGAACUUCAUUGUAAACGAGCGGCUGCAGUGGGGCAGCAUGCAGCCGCAGGGUGGGCCGUUUAAAUUUGAUGAGGACAUCAGGAUCCUGUACAACGACUGGCCAUAUGGCAUCGACCCAGACAUUGUGCAUCUCGUGGUGUGGACCAAGUUCGAGCUCGAGGACGACGAGGAGACUGGCCUGUGCACGGCACAGUCACGCAAGGAGAUCGACGACUACGUCCAGAAGACAUUCGCGACAAAGGUCAACGAGCUCGUCUGGUUCAAGAACUGGAAGAGCCUGAAGAGCGUUCACGCAGUCGAGCAUUUCCACGUCAUGCUGUACAGGCCGGACCGCGACUUCCUGAAGGAUAUCACCAACGGCGAUGUCCCCAUGACAGCAAAGUUUGAGUGA